AUGCUUCUCACGUGUACAGAGACGCAGCCGGUCCAGGCAACGCCAUCCUUCUCGGACUCUGAGGCUUCCACUUGGCGGCUGCCGCCAGUCGUUGUCGGCCGCAGCGUGGUCGACGACCCGCAUUCCGCCAACAGCAAGGAGGGUGACAGCACAGCUUGGGAGAUGCGACAGCUUCAGCAAAGGGUCGAGGAACGGAUGCCGGACUGGAAAAGCUUGUGGCUCGUGAACUACCUAGUCUUCUUGUUGGUGCUAAACGUCGAGAUCGUCGUUCCAACGGCCGACCAGUAUGCACAGACGCUCGGUGCCGGCGAGACCUUCAGCGGUCUGGUCAUUGCCCUCACACCCUUCUUCCAGGGGCUGAUAGGGAUCCCAAUGAACUACUGGAUGCUCCGAUCUGGAAUCUCCCUGAAGACCAUCCUUAUUGUGAUGAUUGCUGGCAGCAUCCUUGGGAACAUCCUCUACGCCCUUGCUGGUCUCAUGCGCUCCAAGAUUGCCAUCUUGUGUGCGCGUACGCUCAUCGGAAUCUGCCAGUGCCAGCUUGGGGGGCCCAUUUACAUUGCAAAAGCCGUGGGAGUCAAAAAGCGCACGAGGGUUCUCUUCGUCUUCUCCACCAUGGCCACCCUGGCGUUCACAGCAGCUCCACUGCUCGCAGCCUUGCUGGAGAUCUUCGUGAAGGAGCUGCGAAUCGAGAAUUUGGUCCUCGACUCCGACACGAUUCCGGGCUGGUUCAUGGCCUUUGCAUUCUUCCUCUUCCUCCUCAAAGUCGUCUUCUUCUUCGAGAACCCGCAAGAAGAAACGGCGGACCCUCUGGGCCGAACGAACGUGCCUUCACUGGCAGAGGCUCUCGACACAGACCCGUCUCCUCCGGAGUCCCUCUGGACCAGCGGCUUUCUGGUCUGCAUCUUCGCUGCCUUUGCGAGCUCACUGACCAACACGAUGGCGAUCGUCUUCUUCGUGAAGCUGGCAGAGAAGACCUGGCGAUGGAACGUGUCCCUUACUGCAUUUGCCUUGGCUGGUUUCAUGGCCGUCGUUUCGCUGCUGUCCCUAGUCAGCAGCAGGCUUGCCAAGCUGGUAGAGGACAGGAAGGGACUCCAGUUCACCUCUUGCAUUGGUGCUGCGUGCUCCUUGAUUACUAUUCCGUUCUCGAAGAACUGGCCGGCAGCUGCGAUCACUGUCAUGUUUGUUGGGCUAUUGCUGGUCCAGGCAUCGGCUUCCGUCGUCAAGAACUACGCCUACGCACUUUGCCCCAAGAUCGUGGCUCCAGGCUUCAAGGACCGAGCUGGUGCCAUCAACAUGAUCUCUUUGAUGCUUGGACGGGGCGCCGGUGCACAGCUAGGUGCAAUACUGACAUCAGUCAGUUUUGCAGGUUCCCAGUUCUGCACGUACUUGUUCCUCUUCUUCCUAUCCUGGAAGUUUGCCGCGCAUCUGAAGCAGCAUGAAAAGGCGACUUAG